AUGGAGAGGGACGGCUGCAGCGGGAGCCUCCGGGGCACCAAGGAGAGCCGCGCGGGAACGGGCAAGGAGCAGGGCUACGGGGACGCCGCCGGGGAUCCGCAGGCGGCUGUGAACAUGCUGGCUCCCCUGGACGUGGGGGACGAGCAGCAGCCCGAAAAAGGCGCGCGGGCGCCCAAAGCCAAGGAUCCCAACACCUACAAAGUGCUUUCGCUGGUACUGUCUGUCUGCAUGCUAACAACAAUUCUUGGGUGCAUAUUUGGAUUGAAACCAAGCUGUUCCAGAGAAGUCAAAAGUUGCAAAGGUCGCUGUUUCGAGAGGACAUUUGGGAACUGUCGCUGCGAUGUUGCCUGUGUUGAACUUGGAAACUGCUGUCUAGAUUACCAGGAAACAUGUAUAGAACCAGAGCAUAUAUGGACUUGCAGCAAAUUCAGGUGUGGUGAGAAAAGACUACCAAAAAGUCACUGCUCUUGUACGGAUGACUGCAAGGACAAGAGUGACUGCUGCAUUAACUAUGACUCUGUUUGCCAAGGUGAGAAAAGUUGGGUAGAAGAAACAUGUGAAAACAUUCUUGAGCCUCAGUGUCCAACAGGGUUUGAAAUUCCGCCUACCAUUUUGUUUUCCUUGGAUGGCUUCAGGGCAGAAUAUUUGCACACUUGGGGUGGACUUCUUCCUGUUAUUAGGAAACUACAAAAUUGUGGAACAUAUACUACAAAUUUGAGACCAGUAUAUCCAACAAAAACCUUUCCCAAUCACUACAGCCUUGUCACGGGUCUGUAUCCUGAAUCCCAUGGAAUCGUUGACAACAAAAUGUAUGACCCCAAAAUGAAUGCUUUCUUUGCACUUAAAAAUAAAGAGAAAUUCAACCCAGAGUGGUAUAAAGGAGAACCUAUUUGGCUUACAACUAAGUAUCAAGGUCUUAAGUCUGGAACAUUUUUUUGGCCUGGAUCAGAUGUGAAAAUUAAUGGAAUUCUUCCAGAUAUCUAUCAAAUGUAUAAUGGUUCUAUCCCAUUUGAAGAAAGAGUUUUGGCUGUUCUUCAGUGGCUAAAACUUCCUGAAGAUGAAAGACCACACUUUUACACUCUGUAUUUAGAAGAACCAGAUUCUUCAGGUCAUUCAUUUGGACCCGUCAGCAGUGAAGUCAUCAAGGCAUUACAGAGAGUUGACAACAUUGUUGGCAUGUUAAUGGAUGGUCUUAAAACAAUGAACUUACACAGAUGCAUAAACCUUAUUCUUGUGUCAGAUCAUGGAAUGGAACAAGGUAGCUGUAAAAAAUAUGUCUCCCUGAAUAAAUAUUUGGGGGAUAUUAAAAAUGUCAAAGUAUUUUAUGGACCUGCAGCUCGAUUGAGAAUUUUUGAUGUUCCAGAUGAUUAUCAGACUUUUAAUUAUGAAGACAUUGCCAGAAAUCUUUCUUGCAGGGAACCAGAUCAGCACUUCAAACCUUAUUUGAAACAAUUUUUACCCAAGAGAUUACAUUUUGCGAAGAGUGAUAGAAUUGAGCCCUUGACAUUCUACUUAGAUCCUCAAUGGCAGCUUGCAAUGAAUCCAGCAGAAAGAAAAUAUUGUGGAUCUGGAUUCCAUGGCUCAGAUAAUAUAUUCUCAAAUAUGCAAGCCCUCUUCAUUGGCUAUGGACCUGCAUUCAAGCAUAAUACUAAAGUUGAACCCUUUGAAAACAUUGAACUUUAUAACUUAAUGUGUGAUCUAUUGAAUUUGAAGCCAGCUUCAAAUAAUGGGACUCAUGGAAGUCUUAACCAUCUUCUAAAGAAACCUGUUCACAUACCAGAGCAUCCCAAAGAAGUAAGCCAUCUAGCAAAAUGCCCUUUCACGAAGAAAACAAGAGAGAACCUUGGCUGCUCGUGUGACUCGGUUUCAUCCACAAUGGAUUUUCAAUCAGAAUUAAAUAUGACCAUAGAAGAAGAAAAGAUGAUCAAGCGUAGCAUCCUACCCUAUGGAAGGCCCAGGGUACUUCAGAAGAACAGUACUUUUUGUCUUCUUUACCAACACCAGUUUGUAAAUGCAUACAGCCGUGAUAUCACGAUGCCGCUCUGGAGUUCCUACAAUGUUGGCAAAAAUGACAGUUUCUCUGCAGAAGACUUUUUAAACUGUUUCUACCAGGAUCAUCGAAUACCUCCAAGUCCCAUCCAGAAGUGUUCAUUUUAUAAAAAUAGCCCAAAGCUAAGUUAUGGAUUCCUCUCCCCUCCACAACUUACCAAAGGCACCAAUAAGAGACAUCAUGAAGCCUUGCUUACCAGUAACAUAAUACCAAUGUACCAGAGUUUUCAAGUCAUAUGGAAUUACUUCCAUAAUAUCCUACUCCCAAGGUAUGCUGGAGAAAGGAAUGGAGUCAAUGUAGUCAGUGGGCCUGUGUUUGACUUGGAUUACAAUGGACUGUAUGAUACUCCAGAGAUACGGAAACAAAACAGCAAACUCAUCAAUAAUCAAGAAGUCCUGAUACCCACUCACUACUUCAUUGUGUUAACAAGUUGCAAAAAUAAAACCCAGACUCCCUGGCGGUGUGAGAAUUCUUUAGAGACCCUCGCUUUUAUUGUCCCUCACAGGACAGACAACAGUGAAAGUUGUACUCGUGGAAAGCAGGAAUCCUUGUGGGUGGAAGAGCUGCUGAGGCUUCAUAGAGCCCGGGUCACCGAUGUUGAACUUAUCACAGGACUAAGCUUCUAUCAAGACAGAAAGGAGCCAAUCUCAGACAUUUUGAAGCUGAAAACAUAUUUGCCAAUAUUUAAUCAAGAAGAAUGAUUUCUUUUUCCUGCCAUGUUUCUUUGUGAGAGAACUUUAAAUUUCACGGAAAAAAAAGUGUUAUAUAGAGUUCUAUUCCCAGUGCACUAUAUAUUAGCAUGUUGAUUGGAAACAUUCAGCCAAAAGCAGAAUUGGGAAUUGUCCAUGUGACACUCAUAUCUCAGGGAAACUCGCUGGACUAAGCACAACAUUAGGAAGGAGCUCCUAAUGUCUUACACAUGUAUGAAUAUGUAAGAAGAGUAUGCAUUGUUCCAGUCCUGGGGAUAAAGCCAAAGGAGAUGUAGCAGUGCUUUUCCUUUUUUCUUUGUCUUGGGAGAAGAACAAGUAAAUUAAAAAAAUCUUCUGGAAGUCAGAUGUUAAUUCUUUUGAUGAUUAAUGUGCUCACGUAGAGUCUGUGGAAAUGAGACUAAAGAGUGGUUUUUCGACAUUCCACAAUGCAUCAGCAUGUUAACAAAAGUUAAAAAGAUUAUAUUAUUUUGCUUCUAACUUGGAGGUUUCUUUAUUUUUUAAUUGUAUAAAGUAAAUAAGAGCAAAAAAGAAGUUACUCAUGUACUUCCUACAAAAACAAAUCCAAAUCUUGGGAGUCAACUUAUUAGAGUGGAGAGAGGACUGAUCUUGGAGUCAGAAAUCAAUCCAGCAGAAAGACUAAGGUUCAGGUCCUUCCUUUGACACAUCUCAGCUGUGUGACCAUGGCUAAGUCAUUUGCAGUGCCCUGGGCAACUUUCUAAGACUGAAUUCCAGACAAAAUGCUGAUGUACUCUGGUGGAGGAAGUUUCCUCAACAGGAUUUCCUCACACUUGUGGAAUCCCAAGGACCCUUACAGACUCACUAAAUAAAUCCCAUGUGGUCCUUCCUCAGUUUGAAUGACUUUAAUAAGUUAUUGUUUGUGGAAAGACCUACAAGUCAAUCAUGCCUAUUUAUUGUAGAAGUUUAUUGUGGGGUUAAUUAACUUCAUAUCUUUGAUUUGUUCAAAGAGGAACCCCAUUUGUCUUCUAGUUCAGUACUACUGAACUGAGACAUUGGAAAUAAAAAUUCCUUUUGUGUUCUAAGUGAUCAUUUUAAACUGUGAUGUGAGCUAGCAUCAUUAGGAUACAUCAAAUUUCACUGAAGCAUACAUAGAACUCCCCAGUAAGGACAAUAAGAUUUGUGUAGUUAACUUAUUCUAGCCAUAUCAGGUAAGGGAAAGCAGGCAGAAACCUUAGUGGUUGGAAAUGUACUUGUGCAGCUUCUAAGAGUUCAGUUGGCUUAUUAUAGCUACUGAAUAUGUAUUUUUUGUACACAACAGUGGCACUACUAUCUCCACCAUUUGUAGCUGUGAGUGGUUGUGUCAGUAAUGGUGAUGGGUCUCAAGAUACUAUCCCCAUCUCUCUCAAGCUCCUUAUGGAACAAGAGACAAUACAAUGAACAUUAUUUUCUCAGGACUUAAGCUAUAUUCCCUGGUCCCAAAUCAGAAACCUUUGGUGAGGCUGUACUACCUUUUGGAACACCUAGCACACUAUUUUAUCAUUCCUUCAGUCCACUAUAUAUUUUUAUUUUCUCAUUCUGUGAUGUGGCCUGUUGACAGAUGGCCACAAAGAAUCCAUGUGGCUCUCAAAGGUACUCAGUUUGUGACUUGACAGUAGCUUAAUUACUUGGAGAAUCUGGCUCAUUUACUUAUAUUUAUUCUUUAAAAGAACACACACACACAUGCGUGACUUCACUCAACUAUUGUGGAGUCUAUUAGAAAAGCUUAGCUAAGUAUAUAGAUCUCUUUAUCAUUGUGCUAUUGUGUCACUGGGAUGCCAGGAUGGCUUGUCCCUCAUACACAUAGCUUCUCCUCACACUCCCAUUUUCUGCCCCUGGCAUUAUUCAAUAGUGUCAAACAGACCAAUUUGUUGUAACGCGUCACUACUUUGUUCUUCCUGCUUUGUAAUAUCAAAUUCAUUUUUUAAAAAAAUAAAUCUACAUGUAAUACAAACA